CUAGCAGAUCUUUGUAUCAGGUAGUUAGACUCUACCAGUGGUAGCUGCUAAGACAACGCGAUACUAGACGAUCGUUGACCGUGAAAACGAAGUAGCGACAACAUGACAAGCAGCCAGCCAUCAAGUCGACAUUUGGUUGUUGCAGCCGGACAACUAGGCCCUGUACAUGUUGGAGAUUCACGAGAGUCGGUGAUCGAACGCAUGUGUAUACUGUUGGACGAAGCGGCAUCUCGAAAAGUAAAACUCGUGGUUUUCCCGGAAUUGGCGUUGACCACCUUCUUCCCACGAUACCUGCUAGAUGACCAGGAGUUGAAGAGUUACUUUGACGUCGAUGAUCCAACUCAAGGUGGCAUCGCCCAAGCACCACGCGUGAAGCGGCUUUUCGACCAUGCGCGUAGUCACGCCAUCGACAUAUGCGUUGGCUACGCCGAGAGGGCGGUCCAGCCCGAUGGAAGCCAUGUAGACUACAACACAAGCGUCUAUUACUCGGCUGACGCAGGGAAAGUCGUGGGAAAAUACCGCAAGGUACACCUUCCAGGAGCUGUGGAGCCGUAUACAGCCGCGGGGGCAUAUCAGCAGCUAGAAAAACGGUACUUUCGACCUGGAGACCUUGGCUUCCCUGCGUUCAGAGCACCUGGGCUGAUUGAUGGCGCACUCAAGAAGAAGGAUGGGGUGACUGACCCAGCACAGUCGAAGCUAAGAGGCGACCCUAUCAUUGGCAUAUUGAUCUGUAAUGAUCGGAGAUGGGCCGAGGGAUGGCGGGUGUAUGGCCUACAGGGGACUGAAAUUGUGUGCUGUGGCUACAACACUACGGCAUUUGCGACAAAGGCUACGGGUGAGAUGGUGGACAUGAGUGCUGAAGAGGCCGAAGCAGAAGUCCUGCUACACCACAAGCUGAGCUGUCAAGGCAAUAGUUACAUGAACGCAUGCUUCAGCAUCAAUGUGGCCAAGACGGGAGUUGAGGAUGGGAACCCUCUGGUGGGAGGCACCAUCAUCGUCCAUCCAAAUGGGCAUAUCAUUCAAGAAGCUGAGACAAAACAAGACGAGUUGGUGGUAGCUGAGAUUGACCUUGAGGACUGUCGGAGGGGAAAGGAGAAGACGUUUGCAUUCGAAAAGCAUCGCAGAGUCGAACAUUACAGGAUGAUACUCGACAGAGCCGGUGCGAUUGAGCCAGAGCUACUUUGA